AUGGCAAUAAAAUUGCAUAGUCCAGUUGUCCGAAUGCUGUACGAUAAACAUGAGCAUACUGAAGAACAUAGAAAUUCAAACCACGAAUUCGUAUGGUAUGAUAUUCGACCAAAUCUUCUCUCAAAUCGUACUUUGAGUCUGUUUGUCCAGGCCCAUCAGGACGAAGAAACAACGGGAUUUCUUCAAACCUGCUUUGAUAAAUCCGAUUGGCUUUUCACUCAGCUUUAUCACUCUAUAUCUCGAUCGAUUUUAACAUGGUUUAUGACUGCUACUUCGUGCAACGGGCUUCUUAAUCGUGGAUCAAUGUUUGUUUACUCAAGCGAACUUUUUCGGAAAUUGAUCAACGUCGAUCAAGAUUUUAAGGCAGAAAGGCUAUUGGAUUUAGCAAAUAAUUGUGAAUUAUUGGCUGUUUUCUCCUUCAGGGUACUUGAAAUUGAUGAUUGGGACAAGACCCUUCCAGUAGUGCCUUCAAAAACGAAGAUCACUCAGGCAGAUGUGGAAUCGCCGAAGGCCCAAUACGAUGUGGUGGCUUGUCUUAACCUCCUAGAUCGAUGCGCUGAACCGCUUACACUUCUGCGGCGAAUGCGAGCAGUUCUUAAGCCCGAAAGUGGUCGAUUGGUCAUCGCAUUGGUCUUGCCACUCUCGCAGUACGUCGAAACCACACCAAAUAAUGAGCCCUUAGAAUUCCUUGAAGUUGGCGAGAGUCGAGCUUGGGAAGUUCAAUUUGACAAUUUCAUUACCAAUGUCCUUGUACCCGCCGGACUCGAACUAGUUCGAUGGACUCGCGUACCUUACCUCUGCGAGGGUGACUUUGCUCGCUCUUUCUACUCCCUCAAUGACGUUGUCAUGGUUGUCAAAGCUGCCAAUGCCACUGUCCCCAGUGACGACGCGUCUGAAUCUUAG